AUGCCUUUCACCGCCAGCGAUAUCUGCAAGAUCCUCCUUGCCAUCAUCCUCCCUCCUCUAGGUGUCUUCCUCGAGCGCGGCUGCAAUGCUGAUUUCCUCAUCAACAUCCUCUUGACCGUUCUUGGUUACAUUCCGGUUAGGUAUCAUCCACGCGCUGUACAUUAUUUUCAAGUUUUAGCCUCACCCGCCCGCAUCAUCAUCAACAACAUCAACAGCAGCAGCAACAACAGCAACAACAACAACAACAACAACAACAACAACAACCGGCGGCCAUGUUACGGUAAAGGCAAACGACAACUCUACACCACAUCACGAUACCCAUCUCUUAUUUCCCAGCCAGCCAGCCACGACAUCAAGACUUCACCGCUUCUUCCGUCUGCGAUUCAUUUUGUUUGA